AUGGCCACAGCUAUUCCAACAUAUCGUCGUAUCCACGCAAUCGAGCAAGAAAUGAAGCGUGUUCGGAAAGGAGACCAUGAAUCAACCAUUUACGGAGUCUGGAACUCCAUUCUUUCGCUGCAAUUUCCCAUCACACAGGGAUACGUGACCCGCCCCCAAGACCGGCACACCAGCCAGGCUGGAGAACAGGGAUUCUCUGACCUACAUGUGUUCCACUAUCCCAGCACGGCAACUACGGCAACGAAGUUUUUAAUUGUGCAGUGCAAGAGAAAGGGGGACGAGGGCAAGGGGUCGGUCUGGAUAGAGGCCAUCAACCAGCUGGAUCGGUAUCUGUCCGCCACACAUGGUCGGCGGCCUCCAGCCGCCCGUAGUCCUGUUUAUGGGAUUGCCUGUGUUGGCCUGACGAUGCGCGUUUACAAGUACGAUGAUAUCAACCAGCGAGUACUCGACUGGGCGCCAUUUGGUUGGCUCAGGGGCUCUGAUUAUAGCCUGAAGAAAAACCACGACAAAGUCCAGCAAAUCUUGGACUUCAUUCUCAACAAUCACUAG